AUGAAAAAUAGAGAUUUAAAAAGAGUUAAAUGCAUCAAAGAAAAAGUAUGCGAUAAUCUCUGGGCUUGCAGAGCUUCAAUAGAUAAAUCUAAAUUAGGUCGAACGAGUGAAGUGAAAGAGCAACUUGGAACUACUUGGAAGGAACCAGGGAGCGGAUUUCUCUGUGUAAAAGGAAGCAAAGAAGGCGGCAGGCUGGGAGGUCGAAUCAGUGAAGUUGUGGGUCCCGUCGUGGAGGAGGCCAUAGAGCCAGGGGAUGCAACCCCGCUGACGGGACCCUCAAGGGACACCUCGGUACCUGGUGCUCCUCCACCCCCGACCAUCAACAUCCCCAGUCCCCCGAGACCACCUCCUCCUCCUCCGCAAGAUCAUCCCGAAUCCCAUCAUCAAAUCCAAAACCUCAAGGAGCAAAGCAAGGAGAAUACACAGCCCCUUCAAGUCAACAUGGGAACAGUACUUUCCUUCAGUCCAAGGGAGAGGCGUGGAUCUGUUUAUCCGCCUGGCGAGCAUCCCGCUGACUUCACGUUGAAUAAUUACAAUUACGAGCAAUUGAAUAAUGUCAAGAAUAGGGAGAAUAAAAGCAGUGUGUCGACAAUGGCGCCUCUACCACCCACAAAUCAUCCGCCGACGAAUAACAAUUCCCUGCAAAAUAAUAAUAUCAAUUUGAACAACAAUGAUAAUGCGAGAAUUAUCUCGGAGAAAAAUGCUUUGGAGAAGAACCUCAAAAAGCAUUCAUUGUUUAUUAAUGCAUUGUCCUGGAAACGGUUUAGCACGUCGAAUAAUAAUAAGAAGAAGCUGGAUAACAAAAAUAAGAACAUUACAUUUAGACAGCCUCUUGAUAAUAUACCGAUUGUUGACAAGAACAAGAAUAUUCAAACGCCACAGGUAUCAAUAAUUGGUCCGCCCUUGAACACAACCUUUUAUUCAUCCCAGACGAAGGCGCCGGCUUCCAACAACAAUCACACGUCGCACAAUCCCACAUGUAAGAAAUUGGCGCAAAAAUCCAUAACGCCAGGACCUAGAAAAACUGUGAUCCAAGCCUCAACGUCGGAAUUGCUCAAGUGCCUCGGACUUUUCCUGCACAAUAAGUGCACUAGACUGCGAGAUUUCCAAGCUGGAGAUGCCGUCAUGUGGCUCAGAACUGUCGACAGAAGCUUACUCCUUCAGGGCUGGCAGGACGUUGCCUUUAUAAAUCCUGCCAACGUUGUGUUCGUCUAUAUGUUGGUAAGAGAACUGGUGGAUGGAGAUGAAGCUUCAGAGAAGGAGCUUCAGGCGACAGUUUUGACGUGUCUCUAUUUAAGCUACAGUUACAUGGGUAACGAAAUAAGUUAUCCCCUUAAGCCAUUCCUCGUUGAAGACAGCAAAGACAAAUUCUGGGACAGGUGCCUCUUGAUCGUCAACCGACUCAGCUCCAAGAUGCUCCGCAUUAACAGCGAGCCUGGAUUCUUCACCGAAAUCUUCACUGAACUGAAGAGCGAAGCCUCGUCGUCUCCGGAGUCGCGGUUCCCACCAAGGCAGCUUGACGGAGCUACACACACCUGUUGGUGCGAAUCGCCAGGCACGGCUGCGACGCCACAACCCUCUGACGACGGGCCUCUGAAUGCAGAGCAGCUCUCGCAGCAUGACCCCUCGACCUCGACUCAGGAGCAGCAAGAGCCAUCUCAGCAGGAUCCACAGUCUCGCCACGAAGAGGAUAAUGCUCAAGGUGAGCCUGGUCGCUGCAUCUCCUGUGGCCAAAAGAGGAAGGGUGAAAUUUUCUACACAAUCGAGGAUCUGGAUGCGAUUGAGCUAGCACCGGCGGACGCACGUUUCACGGAACAAAUAUGCGGCUGCGAGGAAUUUGGAGCCAGUGCACGUCCUGAAUUACAAAAGAUCCGGAGCACUGAAACGCGAUGGGCCAACACGAGUUUCCUUUCACCGGACGAUGCUCUCUGGGGUUUAAGAAGACACGCAAGCGAUGGAACCGAGUAUCGAUGGGAGCUCCAUGCUUCGAAAACCGACUUGGAACUCUCCAAAAGGGGAAAGUGCUCCUGUCACACUCCUGCCACGCCCGAGGAGAAGAAACCUGAGAGAGGAGACCUCAGGAAACAUCACAGCGCAGAGACUGAUAAAUGGUCAGUCCAGGGACUUCUGACUCCUCCGCAUGAUCUUAGAAAGCAUGCGAGCGACGAUACAAGAAUGGGUCGCGAAGCCAGAUGGACUCUCCAAGUUCCCGAAGUGCUGCCGAAUCCGAAACCGAGGUGCACCUGUCCCAAGUCAAAGAUCGUCGCACCUUCACCCACCGUCGAAAAAGAGGAACGUCCUCUGUUGCGAGAUCUCGUGCCCUCGAGAUCUUUCGAGAAGCCAUCGACUCUUCAGGUGGAGAGGCCAGAAUUGAGGAAACACGCCAGCGAAGACAAUCGACACGCUAAGGACGAAAAAAUCCAAGACCGAGCCCGAGAGAUUCGACCUUUACCAAGCACAAGUGCCGAUCCAGGUCCAACAACUGUAGCUCCAGAAAUUGCCAAACCAAGGAAAUUCUCCAGACCCACUGAACUCUUUAAAACAUCUCGAACUCAGAGUACACAGGACAGAAAGUCCAGUACGAAGGAGAAGGUCUUGAGUCCAGAGAGUAAGAAAAGUCUCCGAUCGUUGUGGGCGGGCAAAUCACAUUUCUCUCUCCCAGCUCAAAAGGACUCGAAAUGGUCCAAGAGUCACGAUGAUUCAAAAACCAAGAGUUUAAAGGAGCGGCACAAGUAUAGCGUUCGGAGAAGCAUUUCCCCGGAACCGGAUCCUAGACAAGUGAUGAGAAUGGAUAAUCGAAUUAUCAAGCGGCUCAUUUCUCCAGACAUCAUGAUCACAAACGCCAAGUGGGCUCCUUAUGAAGGCUACUCUCCAUUGCCUAACAUCGGGAUCAAGAAGCGGGAGACGAAGCGAAUCAGCGAGAUCAAAUGGACUCCAUACGAUUGCUCUCCCUCAGAUGCUGGGGACAUGAUUCCUGAGCUAAUUCCUGAAGAAGAAGAAGAGCCUAAAGACUGGUCGCCUUUCCAUAACGUCACACCUCCUCACAUUCCACCACCAGAGGCAACUCCCUGUCGGGACGAAGACGAAGAAUUCCGUCUACGACUGUUAAAUCAAGUCUCUCCAUUUCCAAUAUAUCAAGGGGGUUGGAAGGACGAGUCUCCACCGAAAACACCACCAAAAAUUGAAACCUCCGUGGAGAUCUCAACUCCAAUCUGGUCUCCGAUGGAACCGGCAACUCCAAUCAAAAUUAGAAUUCCAACCCCGUCACCUCCAGAGAAGACUUCUACUUUAAAGUCAAUCAGAAAAUUAGGUUUGAGAGGAAGAUCCGAAAGCAAACACGUGGACGAGAAUAAACUUGCUCCACCGAAAGGUAUCAUUAGAGCCUCAAGUGAAGAUCCCAAAAGUCGUCAACGGCCGCAACUUGUACGAUCCCAGGCGCUUUUGGAAGUUCCAAAGAACAUUAGUGCUACAAAACGUUCUCUCAGUGAAGACGUGCCAAGACGUCGAUCUAGACAUUCAUCCAGAAUUCCCAAUCGUGCCAAGAGUGAAGAGGUUCCGAACUAUGAUCCGUGGUCUGCGUCUGAAGGUGCUGAGGUUCGUCAGUACGUAACGACGGUUUAGAUGACAUUGGGCUGUGAUCAUUGGAAAAAAUCGUGGAUACUUUUUAAGAAGCAAUUAUCGUUAAAAUAUUAGAAGUGAAUGAAACUCUAAUUAUCAAAACGAACAAGAUAAAUUCUUAUCAGAUUAUAAGUAUAAAAUUGCUUAUCUCUUGAUAAGAAGUUUCAGUCUGAUAAACACUAAAUUAGGAUGAAAUUCACUUCUGAUUUCAAUCUAUAACGCGAAGAACGAAAUUUGCUUUUCGAAAAUUAUAUGAGGUCUAAUAUAUAGAAUCUAGUCAUGAGACUAGCUAGUCACUAGUUAGUCACAAUAAUUAAAAUGUUAUAAAUCUAAUCUAAAUUCAUGUAAUUGAAACCCAAUCAAUCUAAUUCAAACCUAAUAGAAAUCCAAUAAGUCUAUUCCAAAUCAGAAACAAUUUUUCAAAGUCUAAUUUUACUUUUAAAAGAAGCAAAUUUAGUUUCAAGACUUGCUUAAAAAAUCGUGUCCACGAUUUUAAUUUUAUCAUUCCCAGACUUGGAUUGUACUCACACGAAUAGCGAUGGAGAUCUAAAAAUCAUAAUUACGAUUUGAGAUUGCAAAAAAAAUAAGAAUUCUCAAUGACAGCAUAGUUACGAUAAAGAUAUUACGAUAUAUACUGACAUUGAUAAUGAUAUUACAGAUACGAGUUUAGUCAUGUAAGUAGCGGUUAAUAAGGUCGGCCGCGAACUUAUAUACGAUAUAGUAUACAAAUGUAUGAUUAUACAUAAUUCUGUAAGAGACAAGUACAUAAGAGAUAAUUACGUAAGAAACACUGCUCAGAAGUCGGAACACAAUUCCGCGUGAAUCGUGAGAAUGACCCGAGAGGCAAAUUUGUUAUUAGCUUCAUAAUCUUCACGACGCAUAUGAAAAUUCUCGAGAGAAAUAAAUUUCAAAUCUUUAAAAAAAAUUUCGAGAAUAAUUCAAAAAUCUUUGAAGAAAGAAAGGGAUCGAAUAAAUUUUAUAAUCCGUUUUUGGAUUCUUUCCAGGGUCUGCGAUGUUCAUCCCUGUCUUUUGUCGAAGGUGCAAAUUUGGCGUCUUGUAUAAUUUAUUCGUUUUGGGCCACUGAGGCCUCUAUUACAGGACCGUGGCCCUGUGCCGGCGUGUGCAAUAUUAAGUAGAAUAAAAUGUGAUUAGCUACUAAGAAACGGAGGUACCAAGGGUAAACCGAUUCUUGUACGUAGCAGCUCUGACUAUUACAUAGAGAUCCAAUCAUCGUGUGAGUCAGUAAAUUUAGGUUCGUUAACUUCAUUAGAACCAUUAUGAAAAUUUUUUCUUUUCACAUGGUUCUGAAGUAGUCGAGUUCAAUAGACACCGAUAUCGUGAUAUUUGUUGAUAUAUGAAAUCCUUUUUCUUUUUUCUUUGCGAUUAAAUAGGUAACCAGGCAGUAUCUGCGCGUAUUAAAGGUAAGAAGGUGUUUACAUUUUUUUUCAUUCCAUCAAUCUUGGAAUAAAUUUGGCGAAAGCAUAUGUAGUUUUACUAUUUUUUAGUCAUGUUUUUAAAACAUCGCCCUAGAACGUUAUCAAAACGAUAUUUUGUUAUUCUUCGUUGAACUUUAUCACUACUACCUUUUAAAAAUUUUAAUCUGUUUUUUGUGGUCUUGUAUUACAUUUGCCUCAAGAAAUUUUAAAAGUAGUUCGAACAUUUGAAAAAUUGUUCUCUAUACGUAAAAAAUGAUUGAAACGCCUUCUUAUCAGGUAUCAAGCAUCACGUUAUUGAAUGAUCUGGGAAUAAUAUCUCAUUAGCGAGCGAUAUAUUUUAAAUUAAAAACUAAUCUUAAUCAAGUGUAUAGUUGUGCUAUUUCCAUAAGAAAUUUAACUGAUUUAUCAAAAAAUAAUUUCUACGCUGCCUGGCUAAUGUAUUAUAAUAGGUAAAAUUAUUAAUCUUAGGACGUCUACCACACGGUCGAAACACUGCCGGACCACGUCCAGCGGCUGACUGUUUUCGAUUUCCAGCGAAAUAUAGUCGUUAUUUUUUAACAUAAAAAAAAACAAAGGAAAGUGUUCUUUAACAAAACCAAAUUACAACAAUAUUAAUGUAUAUAAGUCAUGGAUGAGUAACUGGUUACAAGUUUUUAAAAAAAAUUUUACAUAAUACCCAAUUUUUUUAACACGUUUAAAUAUAUAGUCUUGUUAUACAUAUAUAUAUAUAUAUAUAUUUGUAUUUCAAGAAAUUACAAAUUAAAAAUUUUUGUAACUUGCUACUUGGUAAAAAUAACUUAUUCUUGAUUGACAAUUGAAAAUAAGAGUAAUUGGUAAAAUUUGGUACGCUUUCCUUUGUCAAAAAAUAUAAUAACUAUAUAACCAUCGGGGCGAAUUCUUUGAGGAACUUUUUUCCUCUAUUCGCCAAAUAUCGUGUUUUCUACAUUUUCGCCUGAUUUAUCAUUAACACAUCUGUAAUUAUAGCAAGUUAUAAUUAAGAAAUUUUGAAAUUUCAGGACGAAAUUAAUAAAAUUUUCAAGUUUCAGAAAUAAUAAAUUAGGUACUUGCUACGUUAUUUGAAGGAAGAAUAUUUUCAUUUCGGAUUUAAAAGUUUUUUUUUCAUUUGAAGAGAAUUCGAUAUACAAUUCCAUUGGGAGUUUUAAGAAAACGGAAAAGCAUAUCAAUUCUUCUCCUUCUCCUUUCAACAUUAUUUCAUUUGUUUCGUCCUGUAAUUUUUUAUAAUGAAAUAAUUUUCUAUCGUCAUUCGUCAUUUCCUGAUUGAAAAUUCUAGUCUCCAUUAGCGAUCUUCGCAACUCAGAGACUUGUCUUGUUAGAAUAAUGAAAAUAAAAAUGCGGAAUAGAAAUCUUUCCAAAUAUUAAUUAUAACAGAAAAAAAACAUUGAAAUUAAUCUAAGAAAACAAUUAUCUGAGUGUUCAAACCUCGACUGUCCUGAUAGUAAACCUGAUAUUUUUGUCACUUGCUACAAUUGACAGUUAUCAAGCGCCGAAUUAAUGAAGAAAUUUAAUAUUUCUAGAUUUUCCAUUUCAUAAGACUAAUUUUUCAGGCGAUAUACAUUCUUGUAAAUAAAGUAUCCCUUUAAAAAAUGUUUUUAAAAAACCUACGAGCGCUUGAUGAUUAUAAAUUUGUGAUAGUUUCAAUACUAUAUUGAAAUCUCCGAUAAAAGCAAUUUCUCAAAUUUUCAAUUCACUCUGGAUUCAUAUGUAAUUAUAGAAGCUCAUAAUUUUCAUUCCGCUGGAGCGCAAGAUUUUUCUUCGAAAUUCUACUUUUCCUAUGAAGAGUUCGAGUUAAACGUAAAUUCAUUCUUCAUUAUUUUACUAUUUCAUAUAAUUGUAAAUUUUUGUUUGAAUUAAUUGAAAUUUAUAUAACCAAAAAAAAAUUAGUAAAAUUAACAAAAUUGAGAAUUUGUGUCGCAAACUGAAGAAAGGUUUCUAAGAAGCAAAGGUUAGGUUUACGAAAGUUUUAAGGCUAACGCAUAACAGUUUGCAAACGAAAUGCACGGAUUUGUCGCACAUUCAUUAUUUGCGAUCCUCCAGGGUUCUUAAGUACCUUUCUUUAGAGCACGAUACAUUUUAAUUUUUAGUAAUCCAAUCAUUGUACUAGCAUUUAUCUAGAAAUAUAGGAAAAUUAAAAUUGGUGGGAAAAUGUUGAGCCCCCCGUUUUGCUCACAGUGAGAAUCGAGGGAGAAAGAGUGAAGCCAGGUUUUUAACGAAUGGAAGGGAGAUGCUCUGAAACACUUUUUGAGGUAUAUUUUUUAAUUUUUUAAAGAAUUUGGUAAUUGGUGCGUUUUUGAAAGGAAUGAGGAUUGAGCGCUUGCAAUUUGAGCAAGUGUUAAUUCAAUCGAGCAUUCUUCAGCUAGAGCAUGAUCUCAGAUAGAGCAUCUUUCACGAACUGACAUGUGAAAAGUGCAUCUAGUCAACCUAAAUCGUAUUAGAUUGUAUGGAAUUUUUCGAAGCUAUUGAAAUAUUGUUCACAAGCCAGAGGGGCACGUACAGUGUAACCGUGCUGCCAUUAGCAUUAAAACAAGAAGAAUUUAAGGAGAGAAAAAAAGAAGCCAAGAUAGUUAACAACUCCCAAAACAUAUGCGAAGUAAUAUUAUAAUAAAGUUUAAGCCCAUGUAAUUCGUUUGCCGAGGAUUAUUUAAGAUUCUUCGUGUUGAAUUAGCAGUUUCGUCCGUGUGAUCGAACGAUUGAUCGGCCGAGUGACAAAUUGACGUAAUACCUAUAAUAAUAGCGCUAGAAGUAACGCGAAAACCUACGAAUAGUAGAUUAUACUCAAAUGUGAUUGAUUUGCUGCGAGCGACUUCUUGUUGCGUUAUCGCUUCUUAAAACGACUCUUCAUAUUCAAAUUGUUUUUAUUUAUUUCAUUAUUUUCUAGUCUAAUUCGUCUAGUCUUUUGUUAUCACGUCUCCAUUUUAAUCAUUUCUAAUGAUCCCGAACUCAGUGCGACGUGAAGUAGGAGUAUUUAUCCUAUGCAGAGCGAUGCAUUAUUUGUGAAACUGUAUGACAUAAACCCUUAAUAUUGAGGUCAAUGUUAAUUUGUUUAAAUAAAUGUAAGUUUGAAAAUCCAA